AUGAAGUUUAGGCUCGUUGCAGUAGCCCUUGCAGCUGCCAGCAUCACGGAAGCAGCUCCUAUUAAGCGAAGCUUUCUUGAUGAUUUACUAGGACUAGAUGAUACCACCACAACAACUGCAGUGGCUGCUGCUACCACUAACACCCCAGUAGUUGCCGCUGCUGCUGCUACACAAGCCGCUACAACAUCAAGCACUAGAGGAUUCUGGGCAAACUUACUCAAUGGACUUGGCGGAAGCUCAACUACUACAGCCGCCCAAGCUGCAGCCCAAGCUACGACUCAAGCAGUUGCACAGGCAGCUACUACGCAAGCAUCUACGACUACAGCAUCGUCAGGUGGCUUUUUAGCAAAUUUGUUUGACGAUUUCUUUGGAUCUAGAUCAUCUACUCAAGUUGCUACCACUGCUGCUGCAACCACCUCUGCUCCCCAGGUUGCCCAAACAGCUGCUGCCACCGCCGCCACCGCCGCCACUGCCGCUACCCCAGCUACAACAACUGCUGCAUCAAGCAGUUCUAGUGGAAGUGCUGUCGAGGACUUGUUUGCCUAUUUGCUUGGAAGGAGUUCCUCUACAGUUGCACAAUCCGUACCUACAUCUGGAACCUCUUCAAGUGGGUCAAGUGGUGGUCUUUUUGGAAACGUUGGUAGUUCUAGCUCCAACGCUUAUGGUGCAUCUUCUCAAACUUAUACCUCAUCCAUCGUUACUAAUACUUACCAAGGAGGCUCACCAGGAAAAUAUUCUGGCUCCAUCAACACAGCCACUGCUACAGCAUCUAAUGGCGGAAGUUCAGCUGGUGCUACAGCAGCAGCUGGUUCGAAAGGUAUUACCUAUUCCCCAUACACCAAAGAUGACCAGUGCAAGACUGCGUCUGAAGUUGCUGAUGACAUUGCAAAAUUGAGUGACUACGAACUCAUCAGACUUUAUAGUACAGACUGUUCAGGAAUUGAAAAUGUCUUGGCCGCAAUGGGCUCUAGCCAGCAGCUUUAUUUAGGUUUGUGGAAUAUUGACUCCCUGUCGGUCCAAAGUGGGUUGUCUGAGAUAAAAAGCGCAGUCUCUACCAGCUCUAGAGGAUGGAGCCUGGUGCAUACAAUUGCUGUUGGAAAUGAAAGAGUAAAUUCUGGGGCAGCAACUGUGUCGCAGAUGCAAGAUGCAGUGGAUACUGCAAGACAAUGGUUGAAAUCAAAUGCUACAAGUUACACUGGGUAUGUUGUUACUGUGGAUACUUUGGUUGCCUAUGUCGCUAACCCACAAUUGUGUGAAAUGUCAGAUUACUUCGCAGUAAACUCACAUCCAUAUUGGGAUGGUAAUGUGGAGCCAAGCAACUCAGGUCCUUGGUUGGAGCAACAGAUCUCAAAUUUGCAAAGCGUGUGUGGAACUUCAAAAGAUGUUCUUAUCACUGAAACUGGUUGGCCAACACAAGGAGAUGCCUAUGGAUCUUGUGUGCCAUCAGUCUCUAACCAAGUGGCAGCUGUUAAAUCAAUUAAAAACUCGUUAGGAUCAAAGGUUAUUAUGUUUACCAUGUACAACGACUACUGGAAAGACCCUGGUGCAUACAACGUUGAGCAGCAUUGGGGACUUUAUGGAGAUCCUUCGGAGUAG